UCGUACCUCGAUCACGGAAAAGGUGGCUUUCGGCGACGACCCUCACAAACACCCGUACUGUUGCCGCGUACACGUACUCGCGUCGACGCGUACGGCACUCAGCCACCAUCUGCGUCCCUGACCGUGGCCCCGGGACACCUGCGCACAACCUGCUCGACGGAAUGCCAGCGCCAGCGGUCAAUGCCGUCGCCAGCGCGGUUGACCCCGGCGCGGGCGCGCGCCUCCACAGUGCUCGCCCUGCUUAAAGCUCCUCGAUCUCUCCUUGCUCCAACAGUUCCACUCACUCGCCACCACCACCAUCCUGUUGCGCGACCAGUGCCGCCCACCUCGCCCCCCCAGCCCGCGCAUGGCUCCCUGGCCCCUGGAUUCGGUGGCUUCCUAGUGGCUAGUGGGUGGGGGGACGGCUGCUCUGUCCAUGGCACUCUGUUUCUUGGUCUUGUCCUAGUGCGAUUCUUGCCGUGCUUCUCGAGGCUCGAGCUCUUGGAGGUACGGUCCUUGCCGCGUCGUAGUGUGAUGACGGCGGCAAUGGCGUCGGCCGUGGCGCGGUUCUUGCUCCCGUCAGUGCUUCUCUUUGCCGUCUUCGCCACGGCGUCGGGGGCCGAAGAGGUGGAGGGCAGGGCGGCGGCGCUGCAGGAGUUCAAGCGCGCACUGCUGGACGUGGACGGGCGUCUCUCGAGCUGGGGCGCGGGAGCCGACCCGUGCGUGUGGGCCGGCAUUGCCUGCUCCGGCGGCGGCGAGGUGACCGGCGUCACGCUCCACGGCCUCAACCUCCACGGCGCGCUCUCGGCCGCCGUCUGCGCACUCCCGCGCCUCGCCGUCCUCAACGUCUCCAAGAACGCGCUCUCCGGCCCUGUCCCCGCCGGCCUCGCCGCCUGCCGUGCGCUCGAGGUCCUCGACCUCAGCACCAACGCCCUCCACGGCACCGUCCCGCCGGAGCUCUGCGCCCUUCCGGCCCUGCGCCGGCUCUUCCUCAGCGAGAACCUUCUCUUCGGCGAGAUCCCCGCGGCCAUCGGCAACCUCACCGCCCUCGAGGGGCUCGAAAUCUACAGCAACAACCUCACCGGCAAGAUCCCCACUUCCAUCCGUGCGCUCCAGCGUCUCCGCAUCAUACGCGCGGGGCUCAACGACCUCUCCGGCCCCAUCCCCGUCGAGCUCACCGAGUGCGCGAACCUCGAGGUGCUCGGGCUGGCGCAGAACAACCUCGCCGGCACGCUGCCCAGGGAGCUCUCCCGCCUCAAGAACCUCACCACAUUGAUCCUGUGGCAGAACGCCCUCUCCGGCGAGGUCCCUCCGGAGCUCGCGAACUGUACCAGCCUCCAGAUGCUCGCCCUGAACGACAACGCCUUUACCGGCGGCGUCCCGAGGGAGCUGGGGGCGCUGCCGUCGCUCGCCAAGCUAUACAUUUACCGGAACCAGCUCGACGGUACCAUCCCACCGGAGCUCGGGAGCCUGCAGAGCGUACUGGAGAUUGACCUCUCGGAGAACAAGCUCAUCGGCGUCAUCCCCGGCGAGCUCGGCAGGAUACCGACGCUCCGGCUACUCUACCUCUUCGAGAACCGCCUGCAAGGUAGCAUCCCGCCGGAGCUUGGCCAGCUGAGUAGCAUACGAAGGAUAGACUUGUCCAUCAACAACCUCACCGGCACAAUUCCGGUAGAGUUUCAGAACCUGAGUUGCUUGGAGUACUUGGAGCUCUUCGACAACCAACUCCAUGGCGCCAUCCCUCCUUUGCUGGGGGCCAACAGCAACCUCUCGGUGCUGGACUUGUCGGACAACCAGCUGACGGGGAGCAUCCCUCCUCACCUCUGCAAGUACCAGAAGCUCAGCUUCUUGAGCCUCGGGUCAAACCGCUUUGUCGGCAAUAUUCCUCCAGGAGUGAAAGCUUGCAGAACUCUGACCCAGCUCCGGUUGGGGGGCAAUAUGCUGACCGGAAGCCUGCCCAUCGAGUUGUCGUUGCUUCAGAACCUGACAUCGCUUGAAAUGAACCAGAACCAAUUCUCUGGGCCGAUACCGCCUGAGAUUGGCAAGUUCAGGAGCAUUGAGAGGUUGAUCUUGUCCAACAAUUACUUUGUUGGACAAAUCCCUGCCAGCAUUGGCAAACUGGCGGAGCUUGUCGCCUUCAACAUUUCAUCGAACCAGCUCACGGGACCGAUUCCCUGGGAGCUGGCACGAUGUACAAAGCUUCAGAGGCUUGACCUCAGCAGAAACUCCCUCACUGGAGUAAUUCCUCAGGAGCUUGGUGCUCUAGUGAACCUGGAGCUGCUGAGACUCUCUGACAACAGUCUGAAUGGAACCAUUCCGAGCAGUUUUGGAGGCCUUUCACGGCUCACUGAGCUGCAGAUGGGAGGGAACCGUCUGUCUGGUCGUGUCCCGAUUGAGCUUGGCGAGCUCACUGCCCUUCAGAUUGCUUUAAAUGUCAGUCACAACAUGCUGUCUGGUGAGAUCCCGACGCAGCUAGGCAACCUGCGCAUGCUGGAGUACCUGUACUUGAACAACAAUGAACUUGAAGGAGAAGUUCCUUCCUCAUUCAGUAUGCUUUCGAGCCUCAUGGAGUGUAACCUUUCUUACAAUAAUCUCAUCGGGCCACUUCCCAGCACCCCGUUGUUCGAGCACUUGGAUAGCAGCAAUUUCCUUGGGAACAAUGGCCUUUGUGGUAUCAAAGGGAAAGCCUGUCAAGGUUCAACAGUGUCAUCCUAUUCAAGCAAGGAAGCAGCACAGAAGAAGCGCCUUCUCAGGGAGAAGAUCAUCAGCAUUGCCUCCAUUGUUAUUGCAUUGGUUUCAUUGGUGCUGAUUGCAGUCGUUUGCUGGGCCUUAAGAGCCAAGAUACCGGAGCUUGUAUCAAGUGAAGAGCGCAAGACUGGGUUUUCCAGUCCUCACUACUUCAUGAAGGAACGGGUGACCUAUCAGGAGCUUAUGAAAGCCACCGAGAGCUUUUCAGAGAGUGCUGUUAUCGGAAGGGGUGCUUGUGGUACAGUCUAUAAGGCCGUCAUGCCUGAUGGCCGGAAAAUUGCAGUGAAGAAGCUGAAGUCUCAAGGGGAAGGUUCCAACAUCGACAGAAGCUUCCGAGCAGAGAUAACCACUCUUGGAAAUGUCCGGCACCGCAACAUUGUCAAGCUGUAUGGCUUCUGCUCCCACCAGGACUCUAAUCUUAUCCUGUAUGAGUACAUGGCAAAUGGCAGCCUUGGAGAGUUGCUUCGUGGCAGUGCCUAUCUACUGGACUGGGACACACGUUACCGGAUUGCUAUGGGGGCUGCUGAAGGCCUGCGGUAUCUGCAUAGCGAUUGCAAACCACAGGUCAUUCACCGUGAUAUCAAAUCGAACAACAUACUGCUCGAUGAGACGAUGGAGGCUCAUGUGGGGGACUUUGGUUUGGCAAAACUUAUUGACAUUUCCAACUCCAGAACAAUGUCUGCUGUUGCUGGUUCAUAUGGCUAUAUUGCGCCAGAAUAUGCCUUCACCAUGAAGGUCACUGAAAAAUGUGAUGUUUAUAGUUUUGGGGUGGUUUUGUUAGAAUUAUUGACUGGGCAGUCUCCAAUUCAGCCUCUUGAGAAAGGAGGAGAUCUUGUCAAUUUUGUAAGGAAGAUGAUGACCAGUAUGACACCGAAUUCGGAAGUGUUUGACAGCAGAUUGAAUCUGAACUCGAAGAGAAUUGUGGAAGAAAUGUCCCUGGUCCUAAAAAUUGCAUUGUUCUGCACCAAUGAGUCGCCAUUUGACAGGCCUACCAUGAGGGAAGUCAUAUCCAUGCUGAUCGACGCUAGAGCGUCCUCCUAUGACUCAUUUUCAUCGCCAGCAUCGGAGGCGGCUCUAGCAGUAGCAGAUGAUUCUUCUUUGAAACUUUAGAGGCUAGUAUCGAUGAUAUUUUUACCAGCCAUGUAUCAAGGGAGUAUUCCCCGCUGAAAUGAGUUCAUGGCUGAAGACUAUCUAGUGUGUGUGCUAUUGAGCUGCAAGAAGUUGUUGGAUAUAACCUGAUUUCUGAUGGAAAAGAGAUCUGUCUUCCUGAUCAAGAUUAACCACCAGUUGAAGCUUUGAAGCAUUUCAAGUGAAGUUGUUCACUCCUACCUCAGCUAGUGCUCUUUCAAUGGAGACAGAUACCUUUUGAGUGUUCCUUUUCUGUAACACAGGCAGAUAGGUUCAGUUCAGCAAACCAUACAAAUUCACUUAGUACUUGCUUGAUAUAGUAGCAUUGCACGUACUAGAUAGACCAUAAUUUGCCUAUGAUAAAUAAUAACAAAUUAACCUCUGGAUUAGUUAUUUUCUCA